AUGUCAGAGGCACACGACGAGCAUCGCCCAUCGAAACGCAGUCGGAUCUCCGAAUCUUGCAAGUUAUGCCGAUCCAAAAAGACUCGUUGCGACGGUCAACGGCCAACAUGUUCACCAUGUCUCCAAAAGAAUGCUGCAUGCGAAUACAAUGAGCGUGAUGUACCGAUUUCUAGUGAUAUUUUAGCCAAGAUUGCGCAUCUCGAGGCAAGGAUUCGGAUAUUGGAAAGCCAAUCAAUUAUCGUAUGGCAUCCUUGCCCUGAAUUGACCUCGGCGUCGUCCUUAUUAUUUCGUCAGGGCAACCUCCAGGCUACUUCGGGCCCUGCCCCUUGUGUACCUGAACCUGAGGAUGAACGGGCGUUGAGCUAUGCAGAUAAUCCGACGACGUGUUUCAUCUCAUCUGUAACUCAGACCUCGCCUGAUCAGGAUACCUACUCUUCGACUCAAUCACACAAUGUUAUCGACAACGAUAGGGCAACCCAUCCUGAAGUCAGCCUGCCUUCCAGAGCCGUUGCUGAUAAUCUCAUUGACUGCUACGAGCAGUUGUUAUAUCCCAUGUUUCCCGUUCUUCACAUGCCAAGUUUUAGAAAACGAUAUGCCCAAUUUUGGGAACCUGGGCCUGGACCUAAGUCUCGAGACCAAACCUUUGAGGCAACUGUCAAUAUCGUCAUUGCUUUGGGUUGCGUCAACAGUUCAAGCGUGAAUCCAUGUCUCGGAAUUCAAACCGCUCGGUCAUUUUACGAACGGGCACGCGAUAUUAUGUCGCUGGACACGUUGGGUAGCCCAAGUCUUGAAGUUGUUCAAUAUUUGCUACUAACAGGCAAUUAUCUAAGUUUUACUAAACACUCCCACCGAUAUUGCAAUACCUUGGCCGUGGCUAUUCAAAUUGCGCAGACACUAGGGUUACACCAAACUCAUAAUAACUACACAACGAAUCAACUACAGCGAGAGAUGGGAAGACGAGUUUGGCAUCUCUGCUUAACUAUGCAAAGGUCUAUAUCCUCACCUCCCAUUUCAAACGGUCAACUGAAUAAUGGCAGAUUAACGUCUUCACUGUUUGGGUGGAAUAGCGUGAUUAUGUAUGAGAAUGCAUGUCCGCUACCCCAAAUGAUCGAUGAUGAAUAUCUCCUGGAAGAAGGUGAGGGCAUACAGCCUAUGAAUAAACCUUCACUGCUGGAUGCUUUGACAGUCAGCAUUAAAGUUUUCAACAUCAUUGCUGAAGCUCGAGAAGUAAAUGUUACGUCUUUCGCAAGAGAACUGCAGAUGCCAGAACUAAUAAGGAUUCUUCAACUCAACGAAAAGCUCCACAAGAUCGAGGCUGAGCUCCCAGACCAUCUGAAAUACGAGACAAACAGGAAAAAGGACACGACGAGAGAAAGGGUUCUCAUGCUCCAAGCAGAAGUAGUCAACAUCAGGUAUCAUCCCUACCCACUACACCAAGGCAUUCAACUCAUGAUACACAGAAUUCUGUACGUACGGUUGCUGCUAUUCCGGGCAAAUCUACUAGCGACAGCCCGCCAGCAACUGAUGCACCAAAAUCUCACCCCCCUACAAAGCCAGAUAGAGGCGGCUCUACGAAAUGAGAUAGCCUUCGUUUGCGUCCAGAGCGCCCUUUCAGCACUGAACAUACUUCACACAAACCUCCAAUCUCCCUCAAAGAUCAUCAGCGCUAACGCCUUGUUCGUGACGCUAUCUGCGGCAACGGUACUCAUAGCCGCGUCAGUUGUGCCUGCAAUCAGUUGUAAUCUUGACGAUCCUUUAUCAGCCCACGCUGUUGGCAUUGUGCAGGCUUUUGGAAUUCUUGAUUCUCACGAGCCGCUGGUUGAGGGAGCUGCUGAGACGAAAGACAAGUUACAGCAAUUCUUGCAGACUGCGAAAAAUGCAAGGCAUCAGCAGCGAGGUACACCACAGAACCACAGCGAGCCUCAGGGAUCUGCUCAGCUUCUGGUGCCUGGUGACGAAAGUUUCUUUACAGACAUUGACUUGAGCGGUGACCUUUGGACUCCUAAUUUGGACUGGAUGUUCUCCUUUUAG